CACUUCUUCGCCGAUUCCAUCUUCCACUUCGUCCCAAACUGAUUUGUCACUCAGGGACGCCAUCUUUGCUCUGUCUGUCUGCGGUGAACUGUGACCUGUGACCAGCCUGUGACACGGCGGAAAAUAAAGGUGUCGGGGAAAAAAAGUUCUACUUCCGGAAGAAGCCGACGAGGACUCAUGAGCGCCGAGGCACAAGACUGAGGAUGAAACGAACCUGAGGCUGAAAUAAUUUGGUUCGUGUGGUGGUUUGAACUUCGAGAGUGUGAGUUCACGACAUAAGGGACUGUCAAAGAGAAGAAACAAGAAGAGGGUGUUUCUGCAGAGUCCAGUCCGCUGUGGUUGUUGGUGUUUUUCUACUGUAAUAUAAUCUCUACACGCACAACUUUGAGGCACCUGGCUGCUGUGUGAAGUUACUUCCUGCUGUUGGGUGGCAGUGAAUUAACGCGAGGAGCUAAAGAGAUGGACCAGAACAACAGUAUACCACCCUUCCAGGGGCUGGCCUCCCCUCAGGGUGCCAUGACCCCAGGCAUGCCAAUCUUCAGUCCUAUGAUGCCGUAUGGCUCAGGUCUGACACCCCAGCCCGUCCAGAACACCAACAGUUUGUCUAUACUGGAGGAACAGCAGAGGCAACAACAGCAGCAGCAGCAGCAACAGGCACAGCAGGCAAACGCAGGCCUUCCUGGAACGUCAGGGCAGACGCCUCAGCUUUACCACUCCCAGACAGUUGCAGGCUCGACCACCACAGCGCUACCAGGGAACACCCCGCUCUACAACACCCCGCUGACACCCAUGACCCCUAUCACACCGGCCACACCAGCCUCGGAGAGCUCUGGAAUAGUACCGCAGCUACAAAACAUAGUAUCUACUGUAAAUCUGGGCUGUAAACUGGACUUGAAGACCAUCGCCCUGAGAGCCAGGAAUGCAGAGUACAACCCAAAGCGUUUUGCUGCAGUCAUUAUGAGAAUACGAGAACCCAGGACCACUGCUCUCAUCUUCAGCUCUGGGAAGAUGGUCUGCACUGGAGCCAAGAGUGAGGAGCAAUCGAGGUUAGCUGCCAGAAAAUACGCUCGUGUGGUGCAGAAGCUCGGUUUUCCUGCAAAGUUCCUGGACUUCAAGAUUCAGAACAUGGUGGGAAGCUGUGAUGUAAAGUUCCCCAUUCGGCUGGAAGGAUUAGUCCUCACACAUCAGCAGUUUAGCAGCUAUGAACCGGAGUUGUUUCCAGGACUGAUUUACAGAAUGAUCAAACCCAGAAUCGUCCUGCUCAUCUUUGUUUCUGGGAAAGUUGUACUCACAGGUGCCAAGGUGAGAGCAGAGAUCUACGAAGCGUUUGAAAAUAUUUAUCCCAUCCUGAAAGGCUUCCGCAAGACAACGUAGAACCUGCAGCUCCUUCUUUUACCUUAUCUCCCAAACCCUUUUUUUUUUUAUUCACAUAAGUGUCAACUACAUGUUGACCUCUAAAAGUGGACUGCUGUGCAAGGGCUGUUGUACAGGGAUGCGAGUCAUCAUUGUUUUUCUGGGUUUUGUUCCUCCAGUUUUUUUUUUGCCGUGCCUUGAUCACAAGUGAUGGCGUAUUUUACACACAGACCGUUCAUUUCAAACCCUUUCUCUGUUUUUCCUCAGUUAUUUUCGGCUUUUUCUGUUGUCCUGAUCCCAUCCCUGAUUGUACAUAAGACUGUAAAGAAAUGUAAAAAGCGCUUGUUAAAAGAGAAGCAGUCUGAUAAGGACUGUUUUUUGUUUUUAUUUUAAGCCAUUUUAAAUAGUUUUGUACUUGACAUUUUUAUAAAUCGUUCACUCAGUCCCUAAAUUGUAUCAAGACAUGUUGGGGUCUGUCAGACCCACAUUCCUAUUAACAGUAUUUGUUAAGAUUUUAGUGGAGUGACUGUUAAUCUCAAACCAAAUCAGUGUCUUUUACAUUCAAAACAAUUGGAUCUUGGUCCUAAUUUCAUAAGUGCUGUAAGUAGAUUCCCUCUAAAUUCAAACAUUUUGACAUGAAGUCCAGUCUGUUAAGCAGUAGCUGAAAGUGGAUGCUCUUAAAUUUUAAAUAAGUUAAACUAAAUUGAUCCAAGUCCUGCUGCUAAAGUUGUUGGUUAGUUCUUUGAGAUGUGUCACUUGGUCUGGGUUCCUAAAACAUUUUGUACUUGUGAAUCAACCAGAAUCGGCCUUUUCUUUUACUUCUCGCUUACUUUCACGAGCACUAAAAUAUGGCAAAUAAACUAUGCAUUGUGUUGCCAUAUUUUUUUUUGGCCAUUCAAAAAUAUCUUACGUUUUUCUUUUAAAGAAUUAUUAUAGGAAAAUGUGAAUCUGUUGGUUGUUAAAAUUGUUGGCACUUCUUGGUGAACUGGUUCCCGGUGACCAUCAGUUUCACCAUGUGUGUCUGCCACCUGACGUCUGUAUGGGCAGCAGAAUGGCAAGAGUUAAAGAAUCAAUACUAAACUACAUCUAGUCGAUUUAAUCCUUUGCUCUGUGAUUCUGAGUUUAGCAGCGGACAAGCAGGAGACCAGGAAGCCCUGUCCCAUCUCAAUGCAAUUCUGCUUCUGAAAUUGUUAAUGUGCUGCACUGUGCAUUAAUAAAUGUGUACAUACUGGC